AUGCCUUACCAAGCAGCGGGACCGGCCAGGCAGCCUCAGGUCAGAAAGGUUGUGGAUGCAAACGGAAAAAAAUGGUUGGUCAGGGAAAAGGCCAGCUCAACCCCAAGACGACCGGCUCCAGGGCAUGGUCCGCAACAGCCACCCCCCGCUUAUCAACAGGACAGAACUGCCAGGUAUGAGGAACGCGCUUCGCGACGCGAAUCGGGGAGUCGUCAAGGUGAGAGAGCCGGGUCGGCUUAUGGAGAACGACCUUCAAGACGAGGCUCCCAAGCACCUCAACAAGAGGGGCACCAGGUAUCGCAACGCCGAUCACACCACCAGGAGGGCUCUCGAAGAGUGGAAGGCUCUGGGAAUUCUCGCCGCCCGUACUCAGAGGGAGGAUACCACUCUCAGCGAGGCUACCAGGAAGAUCCAGCCGUUGCUGCUGAGCGCGCCAAACGACAGGCCAAGAAGCAAAAGUACAUAAAAUGGCUGAUGUUCUUCGUCUCGUGA